GAUGUACGUCACUAUAAUUGUGCUUUCACCUUUGACCUGCCUGCGCCGUAGAGCUGCGCGGAGACCGUUGCUACGAACAACAACCUGAGAAGCAACAGAGACGUCUGGGCGGUUUAAGGGCAUUUCUACACCAUUUAAGGCACUACAGGAGAGUCUACGAGAGGUUCCACCAUGCCGCAGCCAGACGAGCCCAUGUACAGCUCACAACAGAUCAACAUUCCCCCAGAACUACCCGACAUCCUCAAACAGUUCACCAAGGCUGCCAUCAGGACACAGCCGAAGGACGUGCUCCAGUGGUCUGCUGCGUACUUCCAAGCACUCUCCAAUGGAGAGACCCUUCCUGUAAAGGAGAGACUAGAGAUGCCCACAGCCACACAGAAAACAGACACAGGACUCACACCUGGACUACUGAAGGUUUUACACAAACAGCUGAGUCCCCAGGGUACAGUGCAGUUGUCUGCCCUGGAGCAGAAGUGGAAGGAGUUGUGUCUGCCUCAGGAACAGAUGGAUGAGAUCAUGAAAGUGGGAACCUUCUCUGACAACAUCGAGUGGAUCAAGUUCUUCGCUCUGGCAUGUUCUUCUCUUGCAGGGAACAUCACACAAGCCAUGAAGACUGUGUGUGAGAUCCUGACCUCUGACCCUGAGGGCGGGGCAGCGAGGAUUGACUUUAACACAUUCAAGGAGCUGUACACGUACCUGGCACAGAUCGACGGAGAGAUCGGACAGGUGCACAUUGAUGGGGUCUUGUCGUAUCUCCAGUACGAUGUUGACAAACAGGAAGGAAUGGUCAUGCCCAGAAACUUUCUCAGCCAAGAUUGUCCUAAACUCGGCAACUGAUGAGGGAUCAACAACAACAACUUACUAGUUAUCAUCUGUAUAUAACCACACAUACGUGUACCUUUUAGUCAUUAUCAACAAGUAACAAAAUCUAUACAAUAUAUGUACAGGGAGUUUCUAUAUCUAUCAUAUGGUGAUGACCACAUUGUGCCGUCAAUGGAGAAGGGAAUAUGUGACACACUGUGUGGGUAAUGCUAAAAGUAUGCAUGUGUCAAAUUAAAAAGCCCUUUGAAUAUGACAUUUUUUUUAAAGAAGGACAAUAUGAUAAUUAGAAAAAAGACUUCAUUUCUUCACAUAACAGUUGUUCACAUAGUAGUUUUGUUUUGAAAUUUUUAAGUACCUCUGUCUGUACUUUAAGAUAAUGAUAAUUAUGAAAUGGUGUUGAAGUCUGUUUUAGAAUGACUUGUAAGCUGUACAUUUCCUUUACGAUGUAUAAUAAAGUUGAACUACAUCUGAA